AUGCAGCGGCGAUUGAUCGAAAACCACCCGCCUUCUCCUCCUCAGUCCACCGACGGCGACUUCGCCUCUGACGCUUCUCAAUUCGGUGAUAUGUAUCCGUUGUACGGCACUCCAGAGCCCUAUGCAGGCGCCGGGCAAGGCCAUGAUGAGUCUUUUAACGAGCAGAGCUCGGUGACAAUUAACAUGCGAUAUGCCCCGACGGCUGAAUAUCCUCAAAAUGCAUCCUUGCAUCACCCGGUAAGGACUUGGCCCUUCUCACCUACCGCCGAAUAUUCAAGGCAGGAGCUAAGACAAGCACAGGUGCUGCACAACGGAGCUAGGUUCAGUACGCCACCGGCCGAUGACGGGUUUGCUUCCGGGAGUCUUGAUUCGGCACCAUCUGCCAGGUGGCCGUCACCCGCACGGAGACAACACGCCUCACGGGCACGGGUGUUAAGGUCUCCCAGACAGCGACGUAGGGCAAAGAACCGCAGCAGUACAGAUUCAAGUUUCGUCCUGACGGAACCCCUGAGUGUUUUGACCAAAGACAUGACGCAUGUCCCCCUCAAAGAUAUGGAGAGCCAUGUAAACAGACCAAUUGAGGAACGCCUUGCAGAUACAGCCAAGAACGACGGGAAAAUCCCUAGGCCCAUGAAUUCCUUCAUGCUCUACCGCUCGGCAUACGCUAAUCGGGUUAAAGAGUAUUUCAGACAGCAAAACCACCAAGUUGUUUCCUCAGCAUCAGGCGCCAGUUGGAACAAGGAAACACCAGAGAUCCGGGCAAAGUAUGAGCGAUUAGCAGUGAUUGAGAAGAGGAACCACCUGAAGGCAUAUCCCGGGUACAAAUUCACUCCGGCCAAAGACAAGAAGAAACGUUCCACCUUCGACGAUAGCCAUUCCUUCAGCGGCGAGUUCACGCCUGAGGGCAGUCCAGCACAGCGGAAUAUCAGUCGGAACAGUACGUUCAGCACCCCUGAGAUUGGCAGUGGGUGGAAUGGCGGGCACCCAACACCUCCUGACAUGGGCGACCAUGGCCUGCCGACGGACGGUUACUUCCCAUCUUUGUGGCCCACAAGCCAUCCCGCCAGACAACCAGUGGGAAUGAUGCUCACAUCCGACCCUUCGCACUUCAUGCAGCCAGCCUCCAACCCGGAAGAGAUACACUAUGCUCCGUCGACAAUGCUGGCUGGUCUGCCCGGAGCAGCCCACCAUGACCUCCUCCAGCCUCAAGGCGGCCAAGUCGACCCUGCAUUGCUGAACUACCCCGGUAGCACAAUACACCCCGAGGGUGGUUCUCAAGUCUACGGCCAUCCCCACUACCAGAUGUGGCAGGAGGGCAAUAACAAUGUUUAUGCUCCUUUCGAGGCUUCCAUGGAGCCCAGCCCAGACUCUUACGCUGGCGCACCGUCCAUACAACCAGGUAUAGAUGGCCAUGAAAUAUGGGACUCAAGCCAACGGGCGACUCUCGAGCCCGCUGGCGGUGACUUCGAUAACUGGCUCAACCAACCCGCUGGGUAUUGA